AUGGGGAUUCAAGAUAUCUGGAAUUUUAUUAAACCAACGGCAAUAACUAUGAAGCUUGCAGACUAUACACUUGAAAACAGGAACGCAAGUGACCUGGUAUGCCGUAUAGGAAUAGAUGCUCAGGCACUGCUCCGGGGUUUCCGAGCAGUUGAUCCCAGCACGGUCUUCAUUCAAACCUAUGACUUCCUGUGCCAUCUGUGUCGAGCUCCCGCCGCUGAUUUCAUUUUUGUAUACGCCAGCCCUGAGUCAGGAGUCAAUGUCAACGAACUGGAGCAAUUUAAGGAAUUGCUCAAAGCCUUCAGUUAUCACAUACAUGUGACAGAAGCGGAAGUGAAUGCUGAGCUGUCGGCCAUGAGCAACUUUGGGUUGAUAAAAGCAAUUCUUACCAAUGACGGAAACAUAUUUCCCUUUGGUGCGAACUGUGUUCUCUCGCUUAACCGUGCGGAAUCAUCUCCUACAAGCUUUGUGGUGGAUGUAUAUUGUGCAAGAACCAUUCAAGAGCGUCUCGGAAUUUCAAAAGAAGGAUUCAUUCUAAUUGCUCUGAUUGUUGGAAGUGAUUAUAAUGAAGGAAUUCAUGGCAUUGGUAUGAUGACCGCGAUUGCAUUGGCAAAAUGCGGGUAUGGAGAGGCCUUGCUCCGUAACUACCAUCAAUUUUCCCAGUCCUCCCAUUUGCUUGACAGUUCCUUUGUCGAAUUGAAUUGUUCCAUUGCGGAUGAAAUCGAGUCAAAUUCUAGACACUAUCUUCGACGACGGAGCCCCCAACGCGCACAUGCAUUCCUGGAUGCCCACUUCCCAUCAAGUGAUACCUUGAGGACCCUAAAAAUGUUCACAGAGCCUAUCACCGACCUCUCACCUUCAUCGGGCCCUCAGGUUGGUUCAAAAUGGGUGUACAACAUACCACACCCCCCAAAGAUUGCGGCCUUUUGCAGGAAAUACUUUCGCUGGAGUUCGGAGCUUGUGAAUCAAAAAUUCCGCAGUGAGCUCUAUGCUGGAGUAAUUAUCCGAAUGCUUUGCUCCAAAUACGUGGUCUACAACCCGGUAAAUGGGGAAAUCUUGGUGCCGUUAGUGCAGAGUCAUUUUGAUCUGGACCAUUCUGGACGACCUUAUGCUUUUACCCUGUCCACAACAAUCGGAGGCAAGAACCCUCCCUCUGUACAUGGUAAAGAACUUCAUGAUGCCAUUGAUGUUGAUUUUAGUACAUCGUUCUUUACCCAAGUAGCUGGUCUUGUCUGUUCAGAUGAGCAGAUGAUCAGAGUUGCUAUCCCUGCUCCCAUUCUUGCCGUGGCUCUGCGACUCAGACUGUGA